AAUCUUGCUUGCUCAAAUUCGCUAUAUAUAACUAUUUUUUCAUCCCUUAAAAACUCACACCUCUAUUUAUCACACUAUCCCAUUUUCGCAUCGCAGUUCCUUCUUUCUCACUAUAUUUUGGCGCGUAAAUGGAGUAUAGUGGAGUUAAGAGAUGGAUAGUGGCGGUGGUGGUGGUGCUGAGCCUCCUCCACGGCGGCGUGUUGGCCGAGCCCCAAGUUCCAUGCCUCUUUAUAUUUGGUGAUUCUCUGGUAGAUAACGGCAACAACAAUAACAUUCAGUCCUUGGCUAAGGCUAAUUACUUUCCCUACGGAAUCGAUUUUCCCAAUGGCCCGACCGGCCGGUUUUCCAAUGGGAAAACCACAGUCGAUGUAGUGGCUGAAUUACUAGGCUUUGAUGACUACAUUCCACCUUACGCGGCCGCCCGCGGCCAGCAAAUACUCCGGGGAGUGAACUACGCGUCGGCUGCCGCUGGAAUUAGAUCCGAAACCGGCCGGCAACUGGGUGGAAGGAUUGAUUUCACCGGACAAGUAAACAACUAUAGGAAUACAGUCCAACAAGUAGUGAACAUUCUGGGAAACGAAUCCUCCGCCGCAGAUUACCUAAGCAAAUGCAUAUAUUCGGUGGGAAUCGGCAGCAACGACUACCUCAACAACUACUUCAUGCCGCUCUACUAUUCCUCGAGCCGACAAUACACACCCGAGCAGUACGCCAACCUCUUGAUCCAACAGUAUACCCAACAAUUGAAGAAUUUGUACAACUACGGGGCUCGUAAGUUUUCUCUGAUCGGGAUCGGGCAGAUCGGGUGCAGCCCGAACGCCCUGGCCCAGAACAGCCCCGAUGGAAGGACGUGCGUGAAGAGAAUCAACGACGCUAACCAGAUAUUCAACACCAAGCUCAGGGGAUUGGUCGACUCACUCAACCGAAACACGCCCAACGCCAAGUUGAUCUACAUCAACGCCUACGGAAUCUUCCAGGAUCUUAUCCAGAGCCCAUCGUCCUUCGGCUUCAGCGUGACAAACGCAGGGUGUUGUGGAGUGGGGAGGAACAAUGGUCAGAUCACGUGCCUGCCAGGGCAGAGGCCGUGCAGGAACAGAGCUCAGUAUCUGUUUUGGGAUGCAUUCCAUCCCACAGAGGCGGCCAACACCAUCGUUGGGAGACGAUCGUAUAGUGCCCAAAAGGCUUCCGAUGCCUAUCCUUACGAUAUUCGUCGCUUGGCGCAGCUUUGAAAUUACUAUGUAUUCAAACAAUACGGAGUAAUUUUUAUAAUUAUUACUUGUGUUAUUGUAUUAGAGAUCGACCGUUUUCGUGUUAUUGUUUUCGUGUUACUGUUUAUGUGGAUGGAAUUAAUGUAAAACAAAAUUAACCAUCUAAAUAUAUUUCUAAUUCUAGUUGUGUUUUAAG